CGCGGACCUAUAAUAACAAUACACGUGUCAAUAAUCUACCGGGUAAAUUUUGUUGCUGAAGGAUUUUCAUCCUAGCCGUCCUUUCUCUCUCUUAUGGAGACAAAGUCAGACUACUAUGCCAACUUCGGAAUUGAACCUCCUUCUCUCUCUCUCCUAAAGUCAUUUUCACUCCUGCUGUGACUAAGUCCUUCCAGAGAGAGAAAAUUUGAAGAGAGAGAAAGUUCCACGGCUGCUUCUGUCGAGUCUGUUGCCGAUUGAAUAUUAUACUGGGGUACAUCUUCCCCACUGAUGAUACCAAAGAAAGAUUGUCAAAAUAUCGAGUAUAGUGCAAAUGCCAUCACUAAGAAUGAAGAAGAAGUCAAGUGUGUGUUGUCUGAAAGAAAAAUAUUCUUUGCGUGUUUGUCAAAAAUCGAGUACAAUAUCCAAAAGUUCUCAUGUCAAAACUUCUCAGUUAACAGCUGAAUCUGGUACUUGCUGUCAGAGCUGUCAGGAAGUUUUUGCUAGCAGUGAAUCAAAUAUCCAGGAUGCUGGAGCUGUUAAAGCAACCAACUCAGAUGAGUGGGAAUGUGGUGAAGACAUCUUCAAGCAUCUUGCCACUUCUUUGAGUGAUUCUGAUUUGAUCGAGGGAAUGAAACUACCUCCUGUGUCAUGCUCCACAGACUUUGGGACAAUUUUCUCUCCUACUUUCUGUCAAAUUGAUGUCCGAGAUAUACCAAACUCUUAUGAUGCUGCAGGAGUCGGUAUUGAUGCUGAUCCAUUUAAUUUCAAUACGACUGAUGACAGUGAUGGUAAUAAUGGAAGUUCAUCUGACUCCCAAACUUGCAACAUAUCAGAUUUCUACAUUUCAGACAUGGUUCUUGCAGGUUCGACGUUUGACGGGAGUUUUGUGUGUGAUGAUAUUGCACUUGGUAAUACGGAAUCUAACAUCUUUGAUGCUACUCAACGACACAUAAUGUUGCCCUUUCUAAAUGAUCCCAUGGAAUUGAGCGAAAUACUCAAUCAGCGACCAUCUGAAGAAGCUAAGGUGGACUGUGAUGGUUCAAGUUUUUUGUUAGCUAUUCAUCAGAUUCGUCCUGGUGAACAAGAAGCAGAUCGUAAUUGUGUUGACUCAGAUGAGGAGCAAUACUUAGAUCCACACUGUUUUGAUAGAAACUUGCCUGACUUGUCGGAGAUCGUACCUAGUACUCGACCGACUAUUUUGCCCAAGGAAUCCCGGGAAAAGAAGCCCAUAACUUUAGUACUUGAUUUAGAUGAAACCCUCGUCCACAGUACUUUGGAACAUUGUGAGAAUGCGGAUUUUACUUUUAAAGUUUUCUGCAACAUGAAAGAGCAUACUGUAUAUGUUAAAGAAAGGCCUCAUCUUCGAGCUUUCUUGAAGACAGUUGCAGAAAUGUUUGAAAUUGUUAUUUUCACUGCCAGCCAAAGUAUUUAUGCAGAGCAACUUUUGGACAUACUGGAUCCUGAUGGAAAGCUUAUCUCUGGCCGAGCUUAUCGUGAAUCCUGCAUUUUCUCUAAUGGAAGCUAUAUUAAAGACUUGACAGUGUUGGGUCAUGAUCUUGCUAAAGUUCUGAUAGUAGAUAACUCUCCUCAGGUUUUCAGGUUACAAAUCAAUAAUGGAAUUCCAAUCAAGAGCUGGUUUGAUGACCCGUCAGACAAUGAGCUAAUGUCUUUGGUUUCAUUUCUGGAGACCUUGACUGAUGUUGAUGAUGUGCGCCCUCUUAUUGCUAAGAGAUUCGGUAACAAGGAAUAGAAUCCCCCUGUUCUCUUAUUUUUUCUAGAGUUAUACCAUUGAUUAACUCUUGCGUCGUCCCAUUUUUGCAAAAGCAAGCAACUCGUCUGAUGCCCUUUCUCAUUUAUCCUUCCUAUAAUUUUUCGUGAAAUAAUUAGCUUUUCUGCUUGAGGUAGGUUUUUUGUUUGUCUUUUUUGUUAUCUUCUACUGGCUAAUGUCCUAAGUGUUAUAUGAUUGAUGCGAAAGGUAGUUUCAGGAUCAUGUUUAAAUGUUAUUUUUGUACAGUUAAAAGAUAUUAUUAUCCGAAAAUUUGUAUAUGAUUCAGCAGUUUCUUACUCCAGUUUUUUCUGAGCCUUUAGAAAUCAAUGAUAGACAUGUUUGCAAUUUAGGUAUAGGUUGAAUUGGGCAACAAAUACGCAUAAUUGCAAUUCCACAGAAUAGUGAUACAGUUAUCAUUUAUGAGUCAGAUGUAAAAAAUUUUGGAAGUAAAAAAAAAAGUUGAUCAAGUGUGGUGACUACACUCCAAAAAAAUAGAGAAAAAAAGAAAAAUGGAAAGGAAAAAAAAUGAAAAAGAGGAGAACAUGGAGAAAGCAAAAGAAAUGAAUGGAAGUUGAUCAAGUGGUGAAUGGUGAGACAUUGGGUGCAUGGUAAGCAAGAAAGUUUUUAUCAUGUUGGCUGCUCUCCUACCCAAGAAAAACAAAGAAAAAAGAGACAAAAUGGAAGAAAGAACAAGAGAAGAGAAGAAAAAAAGAUGGAGAAAUAACAUUUGCUCAGUUUUGUGGCUAUUGGGUCUGCAUGUCCACCAGCCGCGUAUGAGCAAAUGCUGCUUUCAUUGGCUUUUUUAUCAUGUACUUGUGAAUGAAAUAUUUCUACAUAAAAUUGCUAUAUGCAUGUGAUUGACGUGCUAAAGAUAAGGCUCAAUCAGUGUAAAUUAGAGUAUUUUGACAUAAGAUUGGAUAAGUGCAUCAUUAUGAAAAUUAUUUAAACUGAACUUUUGUUUGAAUGGAACUAGAAGUAUUGAAAAUCGUGGAUUGAGGGGUUAAAUCCUUUAUGAAAUUUUAAUAUGAAAAAACUUAAUAUAACAGUGCCCUAAAAAACUUUUAUCUCAGACUUGCUUCUGGUACGAAUGAGUGUUAUGUAGCAGGACGAGCCCAUUACAUUAUCCUAAGUACAUGCCUUUGAUGGCUUUGUGGUGAUUAAUAAAAUUAAAAGGGGUUUUUCUGGACUCUUUCUGUCAAAGUACCUCUCACCAUCUUGAUGCAAGGACCCUUUCCAAGCUAUAAACUAUCAAGAGAUUUAGAUAUGUUCUCAAGCUUACUUAAGGUGGGUCAUCCGUUUAUACACUAUGUUUCCUAUAGAUAGUCAAGAUAAGACUCUUGUCUAUAUAGUACAUCUUCCUACUUGGAGACUAUAUCUAUUCCUCUGUGAUUUUUUCAUUUUAUACAUGUCUAAUACCAUGAAAACACUGUUGGAUUUCAAGAAUUUCUGACCCUGUCCUCCAUUAGGCCUUGAAAAUGUUGUGUUGAUAUGUGAAGGCUUAAUGAUUGUUAGAAAUGUUGGUUUCCUUUUCUGGAAAAAAUUUGGGGGUAUCACAGCAUUUUGAGGCACUUGAACCAAUAUAAUAAAGUCUGUGUCCUUCAAACUUCUUCUCAGUAUUGCUUUUCCAGGUUGUAAGAAAUUUGUCUGACGUAAGGCCGCCGAAUGGCUCUGGGUUGAAGAGAAAAACAAGAAGUACCUGUUCUUGACGCUCUUUACACUUUCACAUAAUGUAAGCCAUCUUUUUUUUUUUUUAAAAUCAACAUGAUUUUUAGUCUCUCUUCUUUUGUUACAGUGAUGAACCAAUGACAAGCUUACUUGCCUGCAUGAUUAUCUUGUGUAAAUUGUGUUCGGGUUUGAUUGGCCCAUUAAUUGAUUGAAAUACUAAAAUUUUGAUAGUUUUACAAGUUUUGGGGGCAUUUGGUAGUUGGCUUUUAGAUUAGCUUUUUGGUUGGCUUUUGGCGGCUUCAGUUGGCUUUUAAGCCAAAAUUAAAAUGCUACUCUAGUUAGCUUUUUUGUUGGCUUUUGGCUUGUGGACCUACUUUUUCUCUAAUAAACAGUCAACGGCCAAUGCCUAAAUUUACUAAACAUCUCCGUAAACAGCUGGCUUUUCAGCUAGUUUAAAAGCCAACAAAAGCAACCAACAUUUCAGCUGGUUAAACAAGCCAACUAAAAGCCAACAACCAACAGCCAAUUGCCUAACACCCCUGUCUUAGGCCAACAAAUUAGCGCAGAGACCAAAUUGGAUCAAUUAGGAUUAUUCAAUCCUAUAUUAAUCUAUUCAGUUGGACCUUGUGAUUAUUAUACUUCUUCCUUUUGCUUGCUUGCUUGCAUGGCUUAGAAAAUCUUGAUCUUUAGUCUCCUUUAUCCUGCUAUUUAAUCCUGGAACUUAAAUCUCAAGUGUUUGAUUGUUUGAAUUUUCCGCCUGCUGCUGAAUUUAUUUAUGUUUCUCGAGAAGUUAUACUGAAAUGUUGUGGCUCUGGUUGUUGUGAUCUGUGUGUUAAUCUUGGCCUGGUUAAAGCUUGAUAGAGUUGUAGUCUCUGUCUAUGUAUAUAGAUCUGAAGAUGUAUGGCUUGGGGCUUUGUUACAAGAGAGGAAAAGUUUGCAUAUAGAUUGCUACUUGCUUGCUGUAAUUGCAUGUUUUGAUUUCUCUAUCAUGCCUUACAUCAUCAAAGAAUAAACCAAUGGUUAUCAAGCUCUCCAUUUUUAAUCUGCUGUCAAUUAUCAUCCUAUAAUUAUGCUUCAGUUCACCUAUAAAUAUUCUACACUUUACAGUUUACAGUAUGGUACUUACCUGAGUUAUAUUGUUAAUAGGAAUAUUCUCUUUAUAACAGCUUUAGUAUACUGACGAAAGGGUAAGUGUUUAUGUCUAAAUAAACGUGUAAUGAGCUUUUUGUCUGCAAAUCACUGAUUUAUUUUUUUCAGUCACUGAUUUAUAUUUUUGACUAAGGCUGUACGGAUCUUGCUAGUACCUACUUCAUAGGCUUGUCCUUUAAUUUGUUUAUCUCAGAGAGCAUAUAGUACUGAUUUUAGCAGGCAUCCCUGAAAACCAUAAUCCCGAUAGUGCAGCACUGCAGCUUCAAGAAAGAGACAAAUUGGGGAUGUUUCGUCAAUAAUCAUCUAAAGUAUGGUGAAGCAAUUGUUUGUUCACUAUUGGAUGUUUGUAUUAUUAUUUUUGUUUGCGUCGACGAGUAUACAAUAAGAAUGAGGUAGGGUUGUGAUGUCUUCUGCCAGUCUGAAGUCUCUAGUUUGUCGUAAAUCUCUAUCAAAUCGGGUUUGUAAGUCAGGUUUGGGAGAUUGCGUGUUGCCACUUUUGUUCAUCAAAGUGCACAGGCCUAUAGGAAGCAAUGCUUGAGCGCCAAAUAACAAUGUGCUCUCGAGGAAGUGAUGUCAAGGUUCAGGAAGUGCUCUCGAGGAAGUGCACUGGCCUAUAGGAAUCUGCAGCAUGUUUGAUGAUUUUUAUAACCUAACUGAUGGUAAUUUGUUGUUUCCUUGAUUAAAGACCUGGUGUUGGGAAGGCUAUGGUGCUCUUUGACCUUUGCUUGCAAAAAAAAAAAAAAUGAAUCUUCAUGGAUUGAUGUGGCCUCUUUCCUGCGGAAGAAGAGUUUAAAUUUCCAGGGAGCUAUUCUACUGAGAUCGGUUAGAGUCAUACUGUUCUGACCUUUAAUUAAAAUUGUAUUUAGAAUGUGCUUUUUUGUAACCGUAAGUGUAUAUCCAUUAGAUUGUGCUUCCGUAGAUACAUUAUCAGUUUUAUUUUAUUGUAGUGUAAUCUCGUUCUUUCUAGACAGCAAGUCAAAUGGCUUCAGAUUGACGAUAGAGGAACUGAGAUGCUAUUUCCUUUGCUUGGGCUUCCCUCUUUCUUGAA